UCCUUUUGGCCACCUACAUGACUUAGAUGAUGAUGUGCAGAUACAUCCCGCCUCCACCAAUGGGCUUGAGGCAGAGUCUACCCCUACAGCACAGGCACCGCCACAUCGCUAUCAACCGGGAGACAAUCUCACUAGAGAUGAAAAUGGAUUUCGCUAGACGAUUAGCAUGCCCUCACCUGGAGACAUGGGGGUUGCGUGAUGGGCUGCAAGUGGUUAUUCAAUUGAAUAAUAAUGGUCAUGCAAUAAGAGUGGGUAGUGAGAAGUUAGCCCGCUUUGGUGCUUUACUUGUUAAAAUAUGGGGUCUUUGCCCCAUGGGUUACCCAAACUGGAGGGCAGUACCCGAUGAGAAGAUGGAUCCUAUGUGGGAAAUCGUGCGGAGAAAGUUAUAUUUUGAUAUUAGCUUGCCGCCAGAAGUGGUCAAAAAGAGUCAUCCAGGGGUUGGGAACGAGAAGGAAGGAGCAUAAAUAUGAACUAAAGCGUUUGUUGAACAUCCAGCCAGAGACUGGGAAUCUGUUCUUACCAUCAAGGGCCCUCAAGGAAGAAUUAAUAGAGCUGUUUGGGGUCCUCUGAAUACGACCAUCAUAAGUGCUGGAGAAGAU